AUUUUGUGUUAUGAAAAAUAGGGUUUUGUCUUAAUUGUUAAAGGAAUGAUCACAAGAAGGGAAGCCGAGAGGCUUUGUAAGUCCUUCCUAGGGGACAACUCUCCUCCUCGACUUCCUGAAGAUUUCGCCUUCGCAGUGCACCAUGAUUGUGCGUGGGGCUGCAGAGGAGCAUUCUUACCCUCCAGAUAUAAUUCCUCCAGAGCCAAGUGUAUCAAAUGUUCAACCUGUGGGCUCUUCUUUUCACCCAACAAAUUCAUAUUCCAUUCCCACAGGACAGGUCCCGGGGCUAAAUAUGUUCAACCGGACGCUGCAAACUUCAACUCUUGGCGUAGACACAUGAGAUUAAGCGGCAGCCCUCCUGAGGAAGUAAUUCACGCUUGGGAGGACGUCAAAGCCAUGUUCAACGGCGGCACUAGGAAGAGGUUGCUGGGUUCCUCCAAGCCGAGGAAGAGGCAAGAGUCUCCUCCAAGAGUGCCGCCGCUGGACUACGUCUGGAAGCCGCUCUACCCGAUGUGGCUGCCCCCGGCACCACUUCUUCUGCCUCCAGCGGCCGACAGGUCUGCCUUCAGCCCGGUCUGUCCUGCCCGAGAGCCGAGGGCCGCUUCCGACUCAGAGGAGACGGUGGACAUCGAGACCUGCCCUGAGGACGACGUGAAGCCUUUCUGGAGUCCAAUCUCUCAGGUCUCCGCGUGGCAGUUGCUCUUCACAAGGGAGGCCUCUUCAAUAGCCGCGUUGGAUCUGAAGAAUCGAAUCUCUGCCCUGAUUGGAAUUAGUGACCGAAAUCUCAUCCGUAUAAUGCGAAAUUAG